AUGGCUCUCUGCGGGCGUCUAGCACGUCGCGUCCCUACCCUCACAGGUCAAACUCGCUCAUUGGCAUCUUCUGCAUGCUCGCGAAACUUCACAACUCGCGCUGCUCGCCCUCUGACUUCUCUCCGCUCCAACAGUGAGUCACCUGCGGUUUACCGGCAACUGCGGGCAUUCACAAAGGUCGCGUCAACAUGGAAUAAGACACAGACAGCGCCCAGCGCCGAGGCGUAUCUCAAAAGCGGCGUCAUUUCUGGCGCACAGGAUCUUGUCGACGUAAAGAAAGUCCUGGUCAUUGGCAGUGGUGGUCUCAGCAUUGGCCAGGCCGGAGAGUUUGAUUACUCAGGUUCACAAGCGCUCAAGGCUCUGAGGGAAGCCGGUGUCAAAUCCGUGCUGCUCAACCCUAAUAUUGCUACUAUCCAAACAUCCCACGUGCUCGCCGAUGAAAUCUACUACUUGCCUGUAACUCCCGAAUACGCCGAAUAUGUCAUCCAGAAGGAGAAGCCUGACGGAAUCUUCCUCAGCUUUGGUGGCCAAACUGCAUUGAACCUGGGUGUCCAGAUGGAUGCCAAGGGUAUUUUUGAAAAAUAUGGUGUCAAGGUACUCGGUACUAGCGUCCAGACUCUCAAGACGAGCGAAGACCGUGAUCUCUUCGCGCGCGCUUUGGAAGAAAUCAACAUUCCCAUUGCCAAGUCAAUUGCCGUCUCCUCAGUGGACGAGGCAUUGGACGCUGCUGAAAAGGUCGGAUAUCCCAUCAUUGUUCGUGCUGCUUAUGCACUGGGUGGUCUUGGUUCUGGUUUCGCAAACAACCCCGAAGAGCUGAAGAACCUGUCAGCUCGUUCGCUCACGCUGUCACCCCAAAUCUUGGUCGAGAAGUCGCUCAAAGGCUGGAAGGAGGCCGAGUACGAGGUUGUGCGUGAUGCAAGCGACAACUGCAUUACAGUCUGCAACAUGGAGAACUUUGAUCCCCUUGGUGUCCACACGGGUGACAGUAUCGUUGUAUCGCCAAGUCAAACAUUCAGCGACGAGGAAUACCACAUGCUCCGAUCUGCGUCCAUCAAGAUUGUCCGACAUUUGGGAGUUGUUGGAGAGUGCAACGUACAGUACUGCCUGCAGCCAGAUGGUCUCGAUUACCGUGUCAUUGAAGUCAACGCUCGUCUGUCUCGUUCAUCUGCACUGGCCUCCAAAGCAACUGGUUACCCUCUAGCUUACACUGCAGCCAAGAUUGGUCUUGGACACACUCUGCCUGAACUGCCAAAUGCCGUCACCAAGACCACAACCGCAAACUUCGAGCCCAGUCUGGACUAUGUUGUCACCAAGAUGCCUCGAUGGGAUCUCAGCAAGUUCCAGAACGUCAAGCGUGAUAUCGGCAGUUCUAUGAAGUCGGUCGGUGAGGUUAUGGCUAUUGGACGCACAUUCGAAGAGUCUUUCCAAAAGGCCUGCCGACAAGUCGACCCCAAGUACCUUGGUUUCCAGGGCGAAAAGUACGGCGAGAACCUCGAUGAAGAGCUCAAGAACCCUACUGAUCGCCGAUGGCUUGCUGUUGGCCAAGCUCUGUUCCACGAAGGCUACUCCGUUGACAAGGUCCACGAUCUCACCAAGAUUGACAAGUGGUUCUUGCACAAGCUCCAAAACAUUGUUGACUGCACCAAGGAACUUGAGAAUAUUGGCAGCCUAUUUGGCCUCAAGAAGGAAAUUAUUCUCAAGGCCAAGAAGCUUGGUUUCUCUGAUAAGCAGAUUGCAAAGGCAGUCAACAGCACAGAAGACGAGGUUCGCGCCCGCAGAACCGGUUUUGGAAUUAGGCCAUGGGUCAAGCGUAUUGAUACCUUGGCUGCCGAGUUCCCUGCAAACACGAACUACCUUUACACUACGUACAACGCCUCAUCACACGAUGUCACCUUUGAUGACCAUGGUGUCAUCGUUCUUGGUAGCGGUGUCUACCGCAUUGGAAGCUCUGUCGAGUUCGAUUGGUGUGCUGUCAACGCUACCCGCUCCCUCAACGCACUUGGCAAGAAGACUGUUAUGAUCAACUACAACCCAGAGACCUACAGUACGGAUUUCGAUGUCGCUGACAAGCUCUACUUCGAAGAGCUCAGCUAUGAGCGUGUGAUGGAUAUCUACGAGCUCGAAACCGCCAGUGGAGUUGUCGUCUCUGUCGGUGGUCAGCUUCCCCAGAAUAUUGCUCUGAAGCUGCAGGAGUCUGGUAAGGCCAAGGUUCUCGGAACCGAUCCCGCAGACAUCGACAAGGCCGAAGAUCGUCACAAGUUCUCUUCUAUUCUGGACUCAAUUGGUGUAGACCAGCCAGCUUGGAAGGAACUCACUUCUUAUGAGGACGCGAAGAAGUUUGCAAGCUCUGUUGGAUAUCCAGUUCUUGUCCGCCCAUCGUACGUCCUUUCUGGUGCUGCCAUGACUGUCAUCCGUGGUGAGGAUGAACUGAAGGAGAAGCUCCUCGCUGCCUCCAACGUGUCACCCGACCACCCGGUUGUCAUUACCAAGUUCAUUGACGGCGCUCAAGAAAUUGACUGCGAUGCUGUCGCUUCCAACGGAAACGUUCUUGUCCAUGCUGUCAGCGAGCACGUCGAGAACGCCGGUGUUCAUUCUGGUGAUGCCACCCUUGUACUACCACCAGUCAACCUUGACAAGCGCAUCCAAGAGCGUGUCAAGGAGAUUGCCGACAAGGUUGCCAAAGCCUGGAACAUCACUGGUCCUUUCAACAUGCAAAUUAUCAAGGAGGAAGUCGAGGGCUCUGAGCCGAACCUCAAGGUCAUCGAGUGCAACCUCCGUGCUUCUCGUUCCUUCCCCUUUGUCAGCAAGGUCCUUGGUACCAACUUCAUUGAUGUUGCCACAAAGGCUCUUGUCGGCCGUGACAUCCCUGAGCCUACUGAUCUCAUGGCCGUGGAGAGGAACUACCUCGCCACCAAGGUCCCUCAAUUCUCCUGGACCAGAUUGGCUGGUGCUGAUCCCUACCUCGGCGUAGAGAUGUCGUCUACUGGUGAGAUGGCCUGCUUUGGUAAGGACCUUGUCGAGGCCUACUGGGCAUCUGCGCAAUCGCAGAUGAACUUCCGCCUGCCCCAGCCUGGUGAGGGUCUUUUGUUCGGUGGUGAUGUCACUCCUGGUUCGCUCCACUCCAACUCUCUGAUCCAGAUUGCCAAGUACGUGCACGCACUUGGUUACAAGUUCCUUGCUGCCAACAAGGAAGUGAAGGAGCUUCUGGAGAAGAGCACAGAGGGCGUCACUGUCGACGUCAUCGAGUUUCCCAAGGAUGACAAGAGGAAGCUACGUGAGGUGUUUGAGAAGAACAACAUCCGCGGUUGCUUCAACCUGGCCAAGUACAGGGCGAAUGGCCUGUUCGACGAAGACUACGUCAUGAGGAGGAACGCCGUCGACUUUGGUGUGCCACUGUUUAUGGAGCCCAAGACUGCUGUCCUAUUUGCUCAAUGUAUGAGCGAGAAGCUACCCAAGAAGGAGGGUAUCCCAAGCGAGGUCAGGUCGUGGAGUGACUUCGUUGGUGGCAGGCCACUCUAAACGGAUAGCUCAAUGCUCGAGUUCGAUACGGGGUAAGAAGUGGUGGGGUGUAAGAUCUAGCCGAAGCUCGCCCUAACUGGGGUGAAUAUCUCAUGGAAAGGGGUGGGAUAAAAAUUAUGUUCUAGUGUAUACAGCGUUGUCAUCAUACGGUCAACUGCAUUUGCAGUUUGGAGGAGUUGGGAUAUCAUCUUUACCUCUGGCCCGGUGGAAGUUCUCCAUCGCAUGUGUGGCUAGAUAACAUGAAGACUUAUGUAGUUCAAUCUGAGCUUGUCAUGUUUCAGUGAUACGUAGCGUUUUCAGAUGUUUAAAAUGGAUUUUUGUCUAUCG